AGAGGCUCCUGGUGGGUCCCAGUGCCUUUGAGGCCCCUUGGGGGAGUUGGGGGCCGUGACUGGGAAUCACGUUUAUGCCCCUCUGGUCCGGAGGCCACAGAAAGCUGGCGUUCUGCAGCCCGGGGCUCCGUUUGGGGGAAGAUGAUCGAUCGCCGAGUGGCGCUGUGCCCUCGGUUCUGGUGACCAUUUGUCCCCUCUGAGGAGCUGACUACAGGGCUCGACUCUGUAGCCCAAGGGGCAGGGCCCGCGGGGGUGACGAGGGGGAAGCUGCAGCCUGAGCAGAGAUGCCGUCCAGAUCAGGGAUGGGGCAGGCUCUGCCCCUCCCACGGCCAGGCUGCGGGACAUCUGAGGCUGUCGCCCCUUGGAUGGCUGCCUCCUUCAUGUCGUGAGGGAGACACGCACACGUGAAACCACACCGGUGGGUUCCGUGAGCCUUCUGUGGAGGAAGGCGAGGCGGGGAGCGAACGGGGUGGCGCCGGGCUGCUUGCCGUCAGCGGGAGAGAAUGUGUCAUUUGCACAGAGCUUUGGAGGGAGAGUGGGGCAGGCGUGUCGCUGGCAGUGGGAGCAGCGGGUCCCGGGGCGGGCAGCUCGGCCCCCUGAGGGCCCUGGGGAGCUUCGUCUGCUGUGGAGCCGUGUGGCCCCUGUGUGUGCGGCUACGAGGAAGCAGAUGUGGGCAGGGGUGCCGGACAGAGAAGGGAGACGGGGUUCUGGCACAGCCGUCCAGGCGAGGAGGGAGCCAUGGACCUGCUGCGGGAACUGAAGGCCAUGCCCGUCACGCUGCACCUGCUGCAGUCCACCCGCGUCGGCAUGUCUGUCAACGCCCUGCGGAAGCAGAGCUCGGACGAGGAGGUCGUCACGCUGGCCAAGUCUCUCAUCAAGUCCUGGAAGAAGCUCCUGGAUGCUUCAGACGCCAAAGCCAGGGAGCGGAGGAGGGGCGGGCCUCUGCCCACAUCGUCCUCCAAGGAGGCCUCCGAGGCCCAGGACCCCAGCCGCAAGAGGCCAGAGCUGCCCAGGACGCCAUCGACACCCAGGAUCACCACGUUUCCUCCGGUGCCGGUCACCUGUGACGCCGUGCGCAACAAGUGUCGCGAGAUGCUGACCGCUGCCCUGCAGACGGACCAUGACCACGUGGCUGUCGGUGCAGACUGCGAGCGCUUGUCGGCCCAGAUCGAGGAAUGCAUCUUCCGGGACGUGGGGAACACGGACAUGAAGUACAAGAACCGUGUGCGCAGCCGCCUCUCCAACCUCAAGGACGCCAAGAACCCCAGCCUGCGGCGCAACGUGCUGUGCGGCGCCAUCACGCCCCAACAGAUCGCCGUGAUGACCUCGGAGGAGAUGGCCAGCGACGAGCUGAAGGAGAUCCGCAAGGCCAUGACCAAGGAGGCCAUCCGCGAGCACCAGAUGGCGCGCACGGGCGGCACGCAGACCGACCUGUUCACCUGCGGCAAGUGCAGGAAGAAGAACUGCACCUACACGCAGGUGCAGACCCGCAGCUCCGAUGAGCCUAUGACCACGUUCGUUGUCUGCAACGAGUGUGGAAACCGCUGGAAGUUCUGCUGAGCCCUGUGCAUGUGUGCCUGCAGCCUUGGGCCACGGCCAGUGCUGGCCGUCGCCCUUUCCCCAUCCUCUGCCAACAGAUACAGCUUCUCUGGAGACCUGCCCUUUGCCCGCCUGGCCUUCCUCAGAAGGCAGCACACCCCGCCCCCGCCCUGCCUGCAGUGCACCUAUCGCCCUCUUACCCCCCCGUUAUUAAAUGUUUCUUUUUGCCACUGUU